AUGCCUGAGGAAUUCCCACCUCGUCCCCCAGGUGCUGCCUUCGACAAGAUCGAAAACUUCAACUUUCUUCUGUCGCGCACUGAUCCCGCGGCCAAGGCUGCGCGCCACUAUUCUUUUGACGCGGAUACAGGGCUGGUCCCGUUCGCCAACGUGAACAUGGAUUACGAUCAGACCGAAGGCAUGGGUGGCCUCUCGGUCAGCUCCUACGAUAGUAUAGAGGAUGAACGUGGUUCCCUCGAUCUCCGAGGAUAUCCAUAUCAUGGCCCAACCGGCGACAAAUCAAUCAACUACUCUCUUCCCGACCACAUCAUGCCGUACUCGGCACACUCUAUCUACCCUCCGGUCCCCUUUGCGCCCGAUGACCUGGGCCAUGCACCCGGAGCGAUGACCCCCUCGGACGUCUCUUCGUCCAUCUCCCCGCCCAACGGCCAAAUGGGCAACACCAAGUACUCAACCUCCAUCUCGGGAGACCGCAUCGCGGCCGCCCUGAACCAGGAGGAAGGCGUGCGGGUUGCGGCCGAAGAAGAUCGCCGGCGCCGCAACACCGCCGCCUCGGCUCGCUUCCGUCAGAAGAAGAAGCAGCGCGAGCAAGUCCUCGAGCGUACCGUGCGAGAGACGACCGAGAAGAAUGCCUCUCUCGAGGCUCGCGUCGCGCAGCUGGAGAUGGAGAAUCGCUGGCUGAAGAACUUGCUUACUGAGAAGCACGAGGCGACGACCUCGCGGAUGCCCCCUCCACCACAGGAUAGCACACCUCUCGAGUCGAAAGCGAGCAGCACACGCUCCGGUCAAAAACAUAUUCAGCCUAAAAAGAAGGGCGUCGGCACUGAUGAGUAG